AUGUCUUCUCGAGCUGCCAAGUUGGCCGAGCUGCGUGCUCUCCGCGCUGCAGGAAAGACGCGUUUGUCAACGUAUGAGGUUGCAGAUGAAGAGCAGCUCUAUGAAGAGGUUGAUGAAGAGGGAUACAAGAAGGUCGUGCGAGGGCGACUUGAUCAGGACGACUUCGUUGUAGACGACAAUGGCGAAGGCUAUGCCGACGAUGGUAGAGAAGACUGGGACACCACGGACAAACGCUACGACUACAGCGAGAGUGAGGAUGAGCGACCCGUGAAGGGUAAAGCUGCCAAGAGGAAACGCGAGGAGGAACGAGACAAAGAAGAGAAGAUCAACAGCGGCAUCAACAAAUACUUCAACGCGAAGACGGCUACCAAGGCUCCUAAGCCAAAGCCCGUAGCCACUGCCGACGACGAUGCCUUCAUGGCAGACCUACUCGGCGAGGUCGACGCAAAUGUUCCCCGUCGCCCCGCAGCCAUUCGCAUGCGUCCAGUCAAGACUGAACACCGACGAAAGACUCGCGUUCUAUCCCCUCCAAUAUCUGAAAAUCGGCCCAGGACCACGAAAAAUCCAGACAACUCGGACGCGUUCAUGAUGGAUACUCCGCCAGCCACAUCGUAUGAAGAUGACGGAUAUCUGCCUACACUGGACGACGAUGAUGUUGCUAUGAGUGACCCCCCUUUACAAUCCUCCCCAGUUUCAAAGGCGGUUGAGCGCAAAAGUCAGGGCACUAUCAAAGUGGAAGAGGACGAAGAUGACGAUAUGUUGGAAGUUGCCCAGCCAAUCCGUCAUUCUGGAGCAGCCUCCGUCAGUGUGAACAUUUCCGGAAGUCGACCAGCUCUCAGGGUCAAAAAGCCGACCUACCCCACACCGGACAGCUCAUCUCCUGUGCGAGGACCCAUUGAUGCUGUGGAUGCAUCUUCCUGGACCGAUGUGACCAACAAACUCAACAUUAUGAGUAGCCCGGCUCCAAAUGCCGCUGCUCCUGGAAAGUUGAGUCAAAAGUCAGCUCAAGAAGAAGAUGGCAGUGUCCACAUGUUUUGGAUGGAUUACACAGAAAUCAACGGCAGCCUAUGCUUGUUCGGAAAGGUAAAAGACAAGACUACUGGAGCCUAUGUCAGUUGCUUUGUCAAAGUCGACAACAUUCUUCGGAAGCUGUACUUCCUCCCGCGCGAACACCGUCAACGACAUGGCCGCGACACGGACGAGGAGGUGGAGAUGAGCGAUGUCUAUGAGGAAGUCGAUGGCCUCAUGACAAAGCUUCGCGUAGGAAUGCACAAGAUCAAGCCAUGCACGAGGAAGUACGCUUUUGAAUUGCCCGACAUUCCUAAGGAGGCGGAUUAUCUAAAGUUGCUUUACCCCUACGACAAAUCUCCACUUCCAGCAGAUCUGAAAGGCGAGACCUUCUCGCAUGCAUUUGGAUCCAACACGUCACUUUUCGAACAAUUUGCUCUCUGGAAGAAUCUCAUGGGACCGUGUUGGCUUAAGAUCGAAGGAGCGGAUUUCAACGCAGUUAACAAUGCCUCCUGGUGCAAACUAGAGCUCCAAGUCGACAAGCCCAACUUGAUUACGACCCUUGGGAACUCGGACAACCUGGACGCUCCACCAUUGAACCUAAUGAGUUUGGCCAUUCGUACUACUUUCAACACAAAGGACAACAAGCAGGAGAUUCUGAUGAUCAGCGCCAUGUUUUACGACAACGUUUCCCUGUCAGACACUACACCAGCAGACAAGCUUCAAGCCAAAUCAUUCACUGUCAUGCGUCCUAAUGGGGAGUCUUUCCCUGCUGGAUUCAAAGCUGAAGUAGACAAGCAAAAUGGAACGAUUCGCCUCGAAAGGACCGAAGGGGCUGUUUUGAGCUUGUUCAUGGCCAUGCUUCAGAAGAAUGAUCCCGACGUUAUUGUUGGUCACCGUCUCGACGAUGUCGACUACAGCGUCUUGCUGAACCGGAUGAGAGAAAGAAAAACCCCCGGCUGGCACAGAAUUGGACGACUACGGAGAAGCGACUGGCCGAAAAACAUGGGCAAAGGUGGUGGUAGCUUCUUCGUCGAGAGGCAACUAGCUUCAGGGAGACUACUUUGUGAUCUGGCCAACGAUCUCGGAAAGUCGCUCAUGACAAAAUGUCAAUCGUGGAGUUUGGACGAGAUGUGUGAACUAGUCCUCGGUAAAGGCAAAGUUCGCCGAGAGCUGGACAACGAAGUAGUGCUUAAAACAUGGGCAACAACACGCGACGGACUCUUGAGUUACGUCAAGCAUUGUAUGGCCGAUGCUUACUUCAUUGCCGCUAUUUCCCUCAAAGUUCAGAUGCUCCCUCUUACCAAGGUCUUGACGAAUCUUGCCGGAAAUUCGUGGGCCCGCACAUUGAGCGGCACGAGAGCAGAACGAAAUGAAUACAUCUUGCUGCACGAGUUUUACAAGAACAAGUACAUCUGCCCAGACAAGGUGUGGGGCAAAGGCAAGCAGAAGAUUGAGGAAGAGACUCCGGAAGGCGAAGAGGGCGUAGAUGCCAAGAAGAAAGACAAGUACAAAGGUGGUCUUGUCUUUGAGCCCGAGAAAGGCUUAUAUGACAAGUUCAUUUUGGUCAUGGACUUCAACAGCUUGUACCCAAGCAUCAUCCAGGAGUACAACAUCUGCUUUACUACCGUGGACAGGUCAGAUCUUGACGAUGAUGAGAAGGUUCCUGAAGUGCCUAGCAAGGACGAAGAACCAGGCAUUCUACCAAGGCUUAUCAAGACCUUAGUCAACCGUCGACGAGAAGUCAAGAAACUCAUGAAGGACCCUAACGCUUCUCCGGAUGACCUUGCGACAUGGGACAUCAAGCAACUUGCGCUGAAGCUCACCGCCAACUCCAUGUACGGUUGUUUGGGGUACACGAAGUCUCGCUUCUACGCUCGUCCUCUCGCCAUGCUCACGACUUACAAGGGCCGUGAGAUUCUUCGACGCACCAAGGAGAUGGCUGAAGAGAAGAUGCUUCGUGUCGUCUAUGGUGAUACUGACUCGGUCAUGAUCAAUACCAAUGUGGACAACAUGCAAGAAGCAAUGAAGAUCGGAAACGAGUUUAAGAGAGACGUCAAUAACAGCUAUUCGUUACUCGAGAUCGAUAUCGACAAUGUCUUCCGCCGUCUCCUGCUUCACGCAAAAAAGAAGUACGCUGCCAUUAACAUGGUCAACAUCGACGGCAAGUUCGUCGAAAAGCUCGAAGUCAAGGGUCUUGAUAUGCGGCGAAGGGAGUACUGUGCUCUGUCCAAGGACACGUCCUCUGCACUUCUCAACUUCAUUCUCUCCGGCGACGAACCCGAUGUCGUAAUUGAGGAAAUCCACGAAUACCUCCGUGUGCUCGCGCAGAAGAUGCGUGACUUCCAAGUUCCCGUCCAAAAGUACACCAUCUUCACCCAGUUGGGAAAAAAUCCCAAGGAGUAUCCCAACGGAAACAGCAUGCCGUCCGUUCAAGUUGCGCUCCGACAGAUAGCCAAGGGCAAGCACGUCAAAGCGAAAGACGUCAUGAACUUUGUCAUUACGGGCGAGAGCAGCGGGUCUGCUGAGCAAGCGGCUAAGAAUGCUUUCCCAAUCGACGAGGUCGCAAAACAGGAUUCGGGAUUGAAGCCAGACAUCGAUUACUACCUCCACAAACAAAUCCUCCCGCCCGUCGAGCGUCUCUGCGCACCCAUCCCCGGCACCAACAUUACCCAGCUCGCGGCCUGCCUCGGACUCGACGCCUCCAAAUACCGCAUCUCCUCCGCCUCCGCCUCCGCCUCCCAGGAAACCGAAAUCCAUCCCCUCGAAUCCCAAAUCCCCGACUCGGUCCGCUUCCAAGCCUGCGCCCCACUGCACCUCCGCUGCCGCACCUGCACCUCCGUGUUCCAGUUCCCCGGACUCUCCGCCGCAGCCAAAGCCGGCCUCGUUGGCGCAGACGGCGUCAAGUGCGCAAACGCGUCCUGUGGAGCUGUCCUCUCGACUCUCAGCAUCACAGCGCAAGUCGAGUCUGCGAUCCGCCAGCACCUCGCCCGCUACUACACCGGCUGGCUCGUGUGCGACGACGCCGACUGCGGCAACCGGACUCGCAUGAUGAGCGUAUACGGGCACCGCUGCUUAGGUCCCAAGGGCCUCGCGGCGGACUGUCGCGGCAAGAUGGGGUGGGAGUACACCGAGAAGGAGGUCUGGAAUCAGUUGCUGUAUCUCCGGAGUUUGUUUGAUGUUGAGAAGGCGGUGAAACCGGAUGAGGCGACGGGUGGUGUCAAGACGGAGAAUGGAGCCGCGGAAGCGGAGAAGGCGCGCGUGAAGGUGCUGGCGAGUCAGAAUCGGGAGCGAUUUGGGACGGUGGAGGGGGUGGUGGGGCGGUGGUUGGAGAGGAAUGGGCGGCAGUGGGUGCAGAUGGAUAGCUUGUUUGGGUUUGCGAUUAACGGGGCUUGAGUGCGUCUAGGUCAGAUAAUUUUUGGGGUAUGAGGUUUGGGUAUGGAGUGAGGUUGGGCGUUUUUUCGUAGCAUUUAGCAUUCAAUGGUUCGUCUCUCACGUCAUGUCAAAUUGGAGCUGCAGGGCAGUGGUGAUAGUGACGGGCUUGAGUAUUACGUGUGUCCUAUCUAUGGAGUCAUAACCCCUAUUCCAGGACCAAGG